GCGUCGCGUCUGAGAAGAUUUUCUUACUUCUUUUUGGUUUUCUGUUAAACUGUUAAGAUUUGAGAGAGAGAGAAAAAAAAACAAAACAAUUUUUUUUUUAAAAAAGAGAGGAGAAAACCCUAAGCGUGUUGUUCAGUGACACUGGUGUGGAUUUUCUCGCCCUUUCUGGAAUCGAAGGAGGAGCUAAGAUACUAUUCGUGCUGGGAAUCGAAUCGAAUCUAGGGUUCAUAGAGAUCUAAUCGAACGAGAGAGAAGAAGAGAAGGAGAAGGAGCCAUGUCGGAUUCUGAUAAAGAGCUCGAGAAUCAGAUUCUCGAAGCAGGAGAACAGCUUACUGAUCCACCUUCUUCGCUCGAUGAGCUUCUGCUUCUCCUCGACAAACUCUUCGUCUGGCUUAUAGAUGUUGACCAGUCACCUCACGAGUCGAUGCAAACCGCACUCUCUCCCCUGAUGAAAGCAUUAGUCGCUGGAAAACUCUUCAAGCAUUCAGAUGACGAUGUGAGAGUUGCAGUCGCUGCCUGCAUCAGUGAGAUUACAAGAAUAACUGCUCCUGAAGCUCCUUAUGAUGAUGAUCAGAUGAAGGAAGUGUUUAAGUUAAUCGUAUCUUCGUUUGAGAAUUUGCCUGACUGUUUUAGUCGCUCCUAUUCCAAAAGGAUCUCAAUCCUUGAAACUGUGGCCAAGGUCAGAUCUUGCGUUGUGAUGCUGGAUCUUGAAUGUGAUGCACUUCUUAUUGAGAUGUUCCAGAUUUUCCUCAAGGCUAUAAGGGACUUUCAUCCAGAGAACGUACUUUCAUCUAUGGAGAAGAUUAUGACACUUGUUUUAGAGGAAAGCGAGGAUAUACCUCCAAAGAUGCUUUCACCCAUUCUACAUUAUGUUAGAGAGGAUGAUGAGGUUCCCCAAGUAGCACGGGGGUUGGCAGAGCGAGUUCUCAGUACCUCUGCUAGCAAGCUCAAAAAGUAUCUGACUGAAGCAGUGAAAUUGUCGGGUGUCUCUUUAGAUAAGUAUAGUAAGAUAGUGGCUUCGAUAUGUGAAGGGACAUUCAGUGCUUUGCAGCACGACCAACUUGUUGAGAAUGAAAAAGAGGAUAGUCAAGGUCAUUUAGAAAAGGAAGCAGAAGUAGAGGAUAAACAGGAAGUAAUUGCUACACCCGAGCGAACUGAUGCACCUAAGGAUGAAUCUGGUAAGUCAGGAGUCAGCAACGGCGUUGCGCAACAGAAUGAUUCUUCUGUUGAUACUGAGUCUACAAAGAAGCAAGAUGAUACGAAUGCUAAAGACGAUAAUCCUUGCAACACUGACUUGGAUAAUACUUCUGAAGAGAAGCCUGAUGUUGAACAUCAACCUCAGGAAAAAGAUCCCAGUUCUGCCAUACAGGUGGAAUCAUCAAAAACUUCAGAUAUCAAGGAAGAGGCUGAACCUGGAGCACUCCUGGAGAGCAAGGAUGUGUUAAGUUCGCCUCCUGGUGAUUCAUCUGUUAAAGAAGCCAUUUCUUCUGAAAAUGAUAAGGAAACAAAUGUGCAGGCUUUGCCAUCUAAGACAUCAGCUGAUGAAACUGCCGAUGUUAGUUCUCCAUCUAGGGGUGAAGAUCUUGUUGAGGAAAACCGGCCUAAGGAGACUGAAAAUGAUAAGGAAACAAGUGUGCAGGCUUUGCCAUCUAAGACAUCAGCUGAUGAAACUGCCAAUGUUAGUUCUCCAUCUAGGGCUGAAGAUCUUGUUGAGGAAAGCCGGCCUAAGAAGACUGAAAAUGAUAAGGAAACAAGUGUGCAGGCUUUGCCAUCUAAGACAUCAGCUGAUGAAUCUGCCGAUGUUAGUUCUCCAUCUAGGGCUGAAGAUCUUGUUGAGGAAAACCGGCCUAAGAAGACUGAAAAUGAUAAGGAAACAAGUGUGCAGGCUUUGCCAUCUAAGACAUCAGCUGAUGAAACUACCAAUGUUAGUUCUCCAUCUAGGGCUGAAGAUCUUGUAGAGGAAAGCCGGCCUAAGAAGACUGAAGAUGAUAAGGAAACAAGUGUGCAGGCUUUGCCAUCUAAGACAUCAGCCGAUGAAACUGCCAAUGUUAGUUCUCCAUCUAGGGCUGAAGAUCUUGUUGAGGAAAGCCGGCCUAAGAAAACUGAAAAUGACAAGGAAACAAGUGUGCAGGCUUUGCCAUCUAAGACAUCAGCUGAUGAAACUGCCAAUGUUAGUUCUCCAUCUAGGGCUGAAGAUCUUGUAGAGGAAAGCCGGCCUAAGAAGACUGCAAACCAGAAGAAAAAGAAGAGCUUGACGAAGGAGGCCAAACCAUCAGCUGUUAGUGCUACUGAAGAAGCUUCCGAAGAACCAAACACUUCUGAAGUUAAAGUUACCAAAAAUUCUAGAAAGAAGGUUGCUUUUUCAAGUAAAACCAAGUCUACUGUUCCCCCGAAGAAAAGCACCUCUGAGACAAAAGCUGCAAAGCAGUCAGAGAAAAAGGUAGUUGAGAGUGAAAAUGUACAAGAAUCCUCAAAGCCAAAAGAGGAAAAGAAAAAGCCAGGACGUGGGAAAGCCAUGGAUGAGGACUCAUUAGAUACUUCUUCAGGUGAUAGCGAAAAACCAGCUGUUUCCUCUGGAAAGUCAGCCUCGAAGUCAAAGAAAGAAGUGAAGCAACCAAUAGAAGGAAGUCCUAACACAAACACAAAGAGAAAGCGAAGUCUAGGCAAAGAGAAAGCAUCUGAUCUCCAAAGCCACGGUGAAGAUUUAGUUGGGUCGAGGGUCAGAGUCUGGUGGCCUAUAGAUAAAGCGUAUUAUAAAGGUGUGGUCAAUUCAUAUGAUUCUGCUAAGAAGAAGCACCUGGUUAUCUAUGAUGAUGGAGAUCAAGAAAUCUUGAAUCUUAAGACACAGAAGUGGCAUUUUCUGGAUGAAUCAGAAACAGAGGGUGAAGAAGCUGCUGAUCAGACGGGUCACGAGAAAGAAGCCUCCACAGAGCCCCAGAGAAAGAAAGCUAAGACUGUCAAGCAAUCAAAGAUGGAAUCGUCAGGGAAAAAGGGUGGUGGAGCUGGUUCCAGCAAGUCUAAAGCUGCUCCUGCUUCCAAGCCCGGUAAGAAGUCAAAGGAUGAGAAAACAGAGAGCAAACCAAAGGAUCCGAAAGAAGCUAGUAGAGAAGAAGAAGAGGAUAGCUCUGAAGAGUUGAGCGAGGAAGAGGAAACCCCCAAAACCGUUGGUAAAUUAGGAACCAGCAAGUCGAAGAAAGAGAUAUCGAAAUCUGGCACAUCCAAAGGUUCGUCCAAGAAGACUACAACUACUCCAAAAUCCAAGCCAGGAGGACCUUCGAAAUCUUCAUCAGCAAAGGGCAAAGCAGCGAAAGGCAAAGCAAACUCUACACCUGCCUCCAAGGGCGAGGAGAGCGACGCAGAGUCAGAAUCUGAAGAGACACCAAAGGCGCCAGAACCAGCAACAAAAGGGAAACCAGUGGGUUCAGGCAAGUCGCAGGCGAAGUCCGGUAAGAAGAGGAAGCGAUGAGUCUGGCCUCAGGAAAGACUUUCUCCUUAUGUAAUUCAAGGUGGAAAGCUAAGCACAAUGGCGGUGGUGUUGGUGGUUGUGGAUCGAUCGGUCUUAACGUCGUCUGGGAAUUACAACUUACAAGUGUUGUCUUUGUUUUUAAGACAAGAAGCGUAGUAGUAGUAGUAGUGAGUGGUUUUUUUUUUUUUUUGCACUUUUAGGUUCGAUUUUCAGCGGAUUUUUCUUUAGUCGCCCAAAUAAUUUAAUCUUUGUGAAUUUAGAGAGUUGUAGAGGCCUCAAAGACAAAUUUGCCGAAUGUAUUUUACUCAAUUUUAAAAGGAUUUGUUCUAAGUUGACUAAAGACUUGAGAAAAUUAUAUUACGUAUAUUUAAUGGUUUA